CUUCUGACUUGGCGGGUAGGUCUCAUGAUGACGUCACUCCCUUCAGACAGAAUGAACCGGUGAAAACCUCGCAGGCUCUUGUGUUUCCUGCAUCUCUGUGUGUUUGUGGUUGUCAUGGCUGCUGUUUGGCAGCAGGUGUUGGCAGUGGACGCAAGGUACAAUGCUUACCGCACACCUACAUUUCCCCAGUUCCGCACGCAGUACAUCCGCCGACGCAGCCAGCUGCUCCGUGAGAAUGCCAAGUGUGGCUUUGAGCCGGGGCUGCGCAGGCAGUAUCUGCGUCUGCGCAGUCAGUUGCUCGCCCUGCGUUACGGGCCUCUGUCAGAGCAGAGCAGCUUCAGAGCCAGCAGUGUGCGCAGUUCCCGCACCACACUGGAUCGUAUGGAGGACUUUGAGGAGGAUCCCAGGGCUCAGGGCGCCAGAGGUCACCGAAGGUCUAUGAGCCGAGGUUCUUACCAGCUGCAAGCCCAGAUGAACAGGGCAGUGUAUGAUGAGAGGCCUCCUGGUAGCCUGGUGCCCACCUCGGUGGCAGAAGCCAGCCGCGCCAUGGCAGGGGACACCACCCUCAGUGAGAACUACGCUUUUGCCGGCAUGCACCACAUCUUCGAUCAACAUGUCGACUCGGCUGUUCCACGUUUGCAAUUCGCCAAUGAUGAUAAGCACCUCCUUGCCUGCUGUUCAUUGGAUGGGACAUUGUCUGUCAUGACACUGUCCCCUCCUCCACCAACUGUAAAGGUGACAUUGAAGGGCCACGCCGGGCCUGUGACUGACUUUGCCUGGUCACUCAGCAAUGACAUCAUAGUGUCCACUUCAAAAGAUGGCACUCUACGUAUCUGGAACACAGAAGAUGGGAGAUGUAUCCGUGAGGUGGUCGACCCAGAGGGCAGUGAGCUGCUGUGCUGCACUUUUCAGCCCAUGAACAACAAUCUGACUGUGGUUGGCAACAGUAAACACCACCUGCAGGUGGUGAACAUCUCCACUGGGAAGAAAGUGAAGGGAGGCUCCAGUAAACUCACCGGUCGAGUUCUGUCUCUCUCCUUUGAUGCUCCAGGGAAAAUCCUGUGGGCUGGUGAUGACAGGGGCAGCAUUUUCUCUUUCCUCUUUGACAUGGCCACAGGAAAACUGACCAAAGCUAAGAGACUGGUAGUGAACGAGGGCAGUUCUAUCUCCGGUAUUUCAGCACGCUCAUGGAUCAGUCGAGAGGCACGGGACCCCUCUCUGCUCAUCAAUGCCUGUGUGAACAAACUUCUGCUGUACAGGGUGGUGGAUAAUGAAGGUACUCUGCAGCUUAAGAGAAGUUUCCCUAUCCAGCAUGGAUCCCAACCACUACACAGCAUCUUCUGUCCUCUGAUGUCCUUUAGACAGGGAGCCUGUGUUGUCACUGGCAGUGAGGAUGCGUGCGUCUACUUUUUCGAUGUUGAGCGCAACACUAAGGCCAUCGUUAACAAGCUCCAGGGUCACAGUGGGCCUGUGCUGGACGUUAGCUUCAACUGCGACGAAAGCCUGCUGGCCUCCUCCGAUGCCUCUGGGAUGGUGAUCAUCUGGAGACGUGAGCAGAAGUAACCUUGACAACAGCAUCUUUCUUGCCGGCAGGCUCAAAUCAUGUGCAAUGCAAGUCCUGAACCCUACUGUAAAUGUAAAAAAGAUGACUGUUGUUAUGUUGUGAGUCUGAGCUAACUCGUUUAGACCAUAAAAGAACCACGUGUUCUGUUGUCUUUGUUUUAGGACUGACAUUCCUUUGUUGUUGGUUUGGGAUGUUAUGCUAUCAGUGCUUUGCAGUCAUGAUGUUUAACUUAAAUGAUAAGAGGAGAGGUUAAUAUAAUAUUUUGUUCACUGUGUGCAUUUUUUGUCUUUGUAAAUACAGUAUGUGUGAGAAUGAGAGCGCUUGAGGCAAUGAAGAAUGUGUCACUGAUGUUGUGUUGGCAGCUUGCACAAUAACACCCCUGUAUUUAUGCCUUGGUAAAAUUCAAUAAAUUGAAUCACACUAGCUCAAUAAAGCUACAUUU